UCGACAAAAGGUUCCUCCUGCAUUGUUUUUCAAGCUAAAUUGUACAACAGGACACACACCGUCGUUUUAUAAACGACCACGAAGUCGCACCGGAGUUUCCUCACACAUAAGAUGAGACUGCCAUGGCUGACUCUCACAUUACACUCAGCACCUGUAAGGAGGGCGGCGUCCUUUGUCCCCACCAGCAGGACCACUGAUGCCCACUCACUGGACCUGCUGCAGGAGUUUGUCUCCAGAGCCAGGCGACUGUUUGUCAUCACUGGAGCCGGCCUCUCCACGGAGUCGGGCAUCCCUGACUAUCGCUCUGAAGGUGUUGGACUGUAUGCCCGCACGAGUAGACGACCAAUGGAGCAUGCAGAGUUUGUCCGCAGUGCAAAGUCCCGCCAGCGCUACUGGGCCAGAAACUUUGUCGGGUGGCCACAGUUCUCCUCCCAUCAGCCAAACUCUGCACACAAGGUUCUGCAGCAGUGGGAGGAGAGGGGGAAGCUGCACUGGCUCGUUACACAAAAUGUGGAUGCUCUUCACUCAAAGGCAGGACAGAAGAGAUUAACUGAGCUCCAUGGCUGCACACACAGGGUGGUUUGUCUCGGCUGUGGUGCCAUUUCAGCGAGGGAGGAGCUUCAGAGAAGAUUCAUAUCAUUAAACCCAGAGUGGAGAGCUCAGGCAGGCGUUGUAGCUCCAGAUGGCGACGUCUUCCUAGAGGACGAGCAGGUGCUCCAUUUCAGAGUCCCCCACUGUGACGACUGUGGGGGAAUACUGAAGCCCGAGGUCACGUUCUUCGGAGACAGCGUGAAAAAGGGGACGGUACAGUUUGUGCACGACAGACUGGGAGAGUCGGACGCGGUGCUUGUUGUUGGGUCCUCGUUACAGGUAUAUUCAGGAUACAGGUUCCUGCUGGCAGCAAAGGACAGGAAAAUACCGGUUGCCAUCCUGAACAUUGGACCCACAAGAGCCGACCACCUGGCUGAGCUGAAAGUGAGCGGCCGCUGUGGUGAAGUGCUGUCAGUCAUUCAUCCUCUUUGAUUGUCGUGGACAUCAUGGUUUGAAUAGUUGCUAUUCAUCAAACUGUGCAAACUACCUCUUUUUAACAAGAUAACAACCGAAUAACCUUCAGGAUGGCACUUUUAGCUGUUUUUUUUGUGCAAAGCAAAAUAAGGCCUACAUAUUUGACAUAUGGGGCUCAUAAUGCUGCUAUCAAUAUAUGGCAAAACUGACAUGACUGCUGAAUAUUAACAGUUACUGUUUUCAUGUGAAGAAAUGAAACAAAUGGACCUAAAAUGACAUUUGUUUUAUAUUAUACAAUAGAGAAGUUAGUGGAAGUUGCAGGGAAGAUCAUCCAAUGAACCAGAAACUAGCCAUCAAACACAAACUGGACUUCAGUGUGUGUUUUAAUGGCUCAUUAUCUUUAUACUGUUUUG